AUGGAUAAUAAUAAUGAUAAUGAAUCUGGCCCAUCAGUCGUCACGGCUGAUGAUUGGCCCGAAGAAGACUUUAAAAGGAAAAAAAAGAAGUCGAAAAAGCCAGAAGAGAAAAAUAUACCAGCAGCAGUAGAAGAGGACAAGACACCAGCAGCAGAAGAAAAUAAGACACCAACAACAGUGGAAGAGAAAAAAACUGAAUAUUCUGAAGACAAAGAGAAUGAAGGGGUGGAGGAAAAGAAAAAGACACCAGCAGAAGUGGAAGAGAAGACACUAGCAGCAGUGGAAGAGAAAAAGACUGAACCUCCUGAAGAUAAUGAAGAAGAGGAGGGGGAAGAUUCAAAAUCGAAAAGCAAAAAGAAAAAGAAGAAAAAGAAACCAGCUGCAGAGGAAGAGAAAAAGACACCUGCGAAAAAGAAAGCCCCUGUUGCUGCUAUAAGAGCAGCCUUAGAAGCUCAACGUGCCGCCGAAGAAGAAAGGAGACGGCAGGAGGAAGAAGAGCAGAAAAAAAUCGAAGAACAACUUAAAAAGGAAGGCAAGUUUUUAACAAAGGCUCAAAAGGCUAAGCAACAACAGGCACAAUUACGGUUACAGCAAAUGAUACAAUCCGGUGUCAUAGUAGAAGGCCUUGAUAAAGAAGGUGACCAGAAACCGAAACGAGUUGUCUACACUAAGAAGAAGAAACAUAUCAAGCAGGAACAAGAUAAGAUUGAAGAUCAAAAUUCAAUAACAAAAGCAGAACCAGAAGUUGCUUCACGAACUAUUGAAGAAAAGGAUCUAACCAAUAGCGAGAUAAAGGAAAGUUGGGAACAACAAGAAGAAGCAGAAAAGGAUGAAAUUGUUGUUAAAUUAGUUGACAAAAAUAUAAAGGCAAGUUGGGAAGAAGAAGUAGUGGAAACUAAUAAAGCUAGAUCAGUUGGAAAUAAUAACGACGUUAAAGAACAAUGGGAUAAUUACCAACGGAACAACGAAGAAGAAAGUGAAGAAGAAAGUGAAGAAGAAAGUGAAGAAGAAAGUGAAGAAGAAAUGACUGAACAUAAAAAACAAAUUAUGAAACGUAAAGCUGAUGCAGCAGAACGUCGCAAGUUACGGCACGAGGAAGCUCUCGCAGCUCGAUCAAAAGAUGAUCUGCGAUCUCCAAUUUGCUGUAUUCUUGGUCACGACGGCAAACAAGAAUAUAAACUUCCUGGUCUUUUAGUUAUAGACACUCCCGGUCACGAGUCAUUUACUAAUUUACGUUCCAGAGGUUCCUCUUUAUGUAAUAUUGCUAUCCUACAUGGAUUAGAGCCUCAAACUCUGGAGUCAUUAAAUUUGUUACGUAACCGCAAGACUCCAUUUAUUGUAGCAUUAAAUAAGGUUGAUCGUUUGUUUGACUGGAAACCUAUAAUGGACAAUUCUUUUCAAGAUUCACUCAGUAAGCAAGCUGAAUCAGUAAAACGUGAAUUUAACGACAGAGUGGAGAAGACCAUAUUGGCUUUUUCUGAGCAGGGAUUUAAUUCUGUUUUAUAUUAUGAUAAUAAAAAUUUUGCCAAAUUUGUCUCAUUAAUUCCAACAUCUGCUAUCACUGGCGAGGGGAUACCUGAUCUGCUCAUGUUAUUAGUAAAUCUAACACAAUCCAAAAUGAGCAACCAAUUAAUGUACUUGUCUGAAUUAGAAUGUACUGUAUUGGAAGUUAAAGUUGUUGAAGGUUUAGGCACUACAAUCGAUGUUAUUUUAUCCAAUGGUGUUCUAAAUGAAGGUGAUAAAAUAGUAGUAUGUGGUCUUAAUGGACCUAUCGUUACUACUAUAAGGGCUUUAUUGACACCUCAACCUUUAAGGGAACUAAGAGUGAAGUCUGAAUAUGUUCAUCAUAAAAGCGUAAAAGCUGCUCUUGGUAUAAAAAUAUCCGCACAAAAUCUUGAUAAUGCGGUUGCUGGAUCUCGUCUUAUGGUCGUGGGACCUGACGAUGAUGAAGAUGAUCUCAAGGAUGAAGUUAUGUCUGACCUUAAAAAUUUAAUGGGUUCUAUUGAUAAGACAGGGAAAGGUGUAUGUGUGCAAGCUUCAACCUUAGGUUCUUUAGAGGCGCUUUUAGAAUUCUUGAAAGUAUCCAAAAUUCCUGUUUCUGGAAUUAAUAUUGGUCCAGUGUUCAAAAAGGAUAUAAUGCGUGCAGCUAUAAUGUUAGAAAAAGCAAAAGAGCUUGCUUGUAUUCUGUGUUUUGACGUCAAAGUCGACAAAGAAGCGAAUGAUUUGGCCGAAGAAUUGGGUAUAAAAAUAUUUAAGGCUGAUAUUAUUUAUCAUUUGUUUGAUCAGUUUACUGAAUACAAUAAGAAUAUAGUUGAGCAAAAGCGGAAAGAUCAAGCUCCUCAAGCAGUUUUCCCUUGCAUUCUCAAAAUCAUACCUGGAUGCGUUUUUAACAAGAGAGAUCCAAUUAUAGUAGGUGUUGACGUGAUCGAAGGAAUUCUUCGGACCGGGACACCAAUCUGUGUCGUAAAAACAGACCCUGAAACAAAAAACCGAGAAACAAUUUCACUUGGUAAAGUUACUAGUAUAGAACAAAACCACAAAUCUAUCGAAGUUGUGAAAAAAGGCCAAGCAGGUGGUGGUGUUGCCGUAAAAGUGGAAUGUCCUGUGUAUGAAAAUCCAAAAAUGUGUGGAAGGCAUUUCACCGAAGCUGAUGAGUUAUAUAGCAAG